ACGGAGCGGAGGCUGCGGCGCUGCCGUCUGCCCCCUAGGGGGCGCGCGCUCAGGAAGUAAGGGAACGAGGGCGGACGAAGGUUGUCGCUCGGGGGCUUCCGUCCGUGCGCGGUACGCAGCUGGGCGUGUCCUCCCGCGCUCGCCGUCGCCCGACAUGGCGGAGUACUCCUGCGUGAAAUCCACCAAGCUCGUCCUCAAAGGGGCGAAACAGAAGAGCAAGAAAAAGCACAAGGAGAAGAAAAGGAAAAGGGAAGAGGAUGCGGCCGAGCAACUUGACAUUGUUGGAAACUGGUGGGCUGUCAGUAAUUUUGGUGAAAUUACAGGAACUAUAGCUAUAGAAAUGGAUAAAGGAGCUUACAUCCAUGCCCUCGACAAUGGCUUGUUUACACUUGGAGCACCACAUAAAGAUGAUGAAGGCCCUAGUCCCCCUGAACAGUUUACAGCAGUAAAGUUGUCUGAUACAAGGAUUGCUCUGAAGUCUGGUUAUGGCAAAUACCUUGGUAUAAAUUCAGAUGGACUUGUUAUUGGACGUUCAGAUGCAAUAGGAUCAAGAGAGCAAUGGGAACCUGUCUUCCAAGAUAAGAAAAUGGCAUUACUGGCAGCAAAUAGCCGCUUUAUUAGGUGUAAUGAAGAGGGAGACAUAGAAGCCAAAAGCAAAACUGCAGGGGAAGAAGAAAUGAUAAAGAUUCGUACUUGUGCUGAAAGAGAAGCUAAGGAGAAAGAUGAUGUUCCACAAGAAGACAAAGGAAAUGUUAAACAGUGUGAAAUCAAUUACGUAAAGAAAUUCCAAAGCUUUCAAGACAAAAAGCUUAAAAUAAGCAAAGAAGAUACAAAAGCCCUCAGAAAAGCCAGGAAAGAAGGCACUUUUCAUGAAAUGCUGCUUGACAGGAGAGCAAAAGUGAAGGCGGAUAGAUACUGCAAGUGACAACCAGCUGGUCCAUUUUCUUCUGCAUCUUUGACAGGGUCAAAUUGAAAACAAGAGUAAAAUGUUUUAUAAUUUAUUUUUCAUUGAAGGUGUUUUGCUGAUGUUUUUAUUACCUUAUUUUUAAAGCAUUGCCUGAGAGCUACAGUGAAGCAUCAAACUGAUGUUGUCUUUCAGUAAUGAAUACUAUUAAGUUUACUCUAAAACUACACCCUGUUGAAAUAGGGAAAUUAUUAUUUAAUGGAGAAGAAAUUGACCCCCUGAAUGUUCCAGGGUUGAUGAAAGGAAUCUGAACUUAAAGACAGGGCAGAAGACAUUAAGAGCAGAAGAGAAAGACUGUGAAGUUCAAAAGUAAAAUGUCGUUAACCCAUUGAACCAUCAAGAAAUACAUAACUGUAUUGAACAAGAAGAAGUAACUGAAAAUGCAUCUCUUAGAACACAUUCUGCCACAUCCUGAGUAGGACAUCUGUGGAGCCAUCAGGUGAGGACUGGCCCAGAAGGUACAGGGUCUGUAAAACUAUGUUCAGAACAGCCCCACUGUUCAAGUUGGUGAAUGGCAUAAUAUGUGUGCUGGAAAAAGUGUUGACGAGCCACAAGAACCGUAUUACAAAUGAAAAUGCUGGUGCUUCAUAAAAUAGCUCUUCUGUGUUAGCAGGCUGCUUACUUUGCAAACUUGGUGGUUUUCCUACGGCAUGGACUUCAAUUAAAACAGCAGGGACUCUUUUUAAGGUCGUAGUAUAAUAUGCAUUCCUAGGAUCUCAUAUAAAAUACAGUUACCCCAUCUGUUCUGAUUACCAAGAAGCGUUUCAGUAACAGCCUCUCCAUAGGAACUACCUCAGAACAAUUGCUUACUCUCUUCACAGCUUCUCUAAUAGGUGUCACAAAGAUUACUUGUAACAAUGUUGGGUAUUUUUAUGGCAAUCAUUUGAAUUGUCUCUGUGGAGUUUCUCUUACCUGUCAGUUUGAACUGUACACAUAGUUCAAAACUGUAUUCUUUUGCAAUAUAAUGGUGUGUAUAAAAAGAACACAAGAAUGGACCAAUAAAGUCUAGUCAGUAAUGGCAA